GGAGAGAGAGAGAUCUGAACUAGUGCAAAGGACGGAGGAGGGCGGGUUUAUUUGUGGUGGACAUGCGUCCUCCUGUCCUGGCCCUAAUACUCCAAAAUCACCACCAAACUAGUCUUGUAGCUAGUCCUUUGCUCUCAUCUUCCUCCUCUUUCUUUCCCCUCUAUCUCGCUCUUGCUCUAUCCAUUCGCCGGGCAGCAGAGAUCUCCACCCUUAUUACACACUACUGAGCUCAUCCAUCUAUCAGCUUGCUUGGCAUAUACCUCUUUCUCUUUCUCCCUUGUUGCCGGCGAUUACGAUCAAAAUUAAACUAGACACAUACAGCUGAUUGCAUCUGUACCAAGAGCGAGCGACCUGGCUAGCAAUUUAGUAGAGCAGGCCAGGUACUGAUUGUUGCUUGCCACUACUGCUAGAUCGAAGCAGCUAGCCUGUGCAGCAGCAGCAGGUUGAUCGUCGUCGAUGCUUGAGGUGUCGAGCCUUCGGAGCCCUAGCAAGGCGGCGGAUCAGCGCGGGUUCGUCGGCGACCAUGUCGGGUUCCCGACGUCCGCCGGCACCGACGACUUCAUGGUGGACGACAACCUGCUGGACUACAUCGACUUCAGCAGCUGCUGCGACAUGCCCUUCUUCGACGCCGACGGGGACAUCCUCCCCGACCUGGAGGUCGACCCCACCGAGUCGCUUCUCGCCGAGUUCUCCUCGCCGGAGACGAGCCCGGCGGCGGCAGACGGCGGCGGCGGCGCUGAGGCCAAGCCGCCGGACGAGAAGCAAGAACAAGUAGCGGCGAAGACAGCAGCAGCAGAAGAGACGAAGGCAGACGAUGACGAAAAAGCAGCAGCAGGAGGUGUAGUAGUGACGAGGAAGAGGAACGGGGAUGAGGUGACGACGACGGAGGAGGAUUCUGCCGGCGCCGGGGCCGGGUCCGACACCAAGUCGUCGGCGGCGGCGGGUGGCCACAGCAAGAAGAAGGCGUCGGCGGGCAAGGACUCCAACGGCAAGCGGAAGGUGAAGGUGGACUGGACGCCGGAGUUGCACCGGCGGUUCGUGCAGGCGGUGGAGCAGCUGGGCAUCGACAAGGCCGUGCCGUCACGGAUCCUCGAGAUCAUGGGGAUAGAGGGCCUCACACGACACAACAUUGCAAGCCACCUCCAGAAGUACCGGUCGCACAGAAAGCACCUGAUGGCUCGGGAGGCGGAGGCCGCCACCUGGGCGCAGAAGCGGCAGCUGUACGCGGCGGCGCCGGUGGCGAGGAAGGUGGAGGCGGCAGCUGCUGCAGGGCCGCCGUGGGUGGUGCCGACCAUCGGGUUCCCGCCGCCGCCGCCGCCGGCCAUGGCUCCUCCUCCUCCGCCCUUCUGCCGGCCGCUGCACGUGUGGGGCCACCCUCCCACGGCGGCGGUGGAGGCUCCGGCGACGAUGCUGCCGGUGUGGCCGCGGCACCUGGCGCCGCCCCGGCCGUGGGUGGACCCGGGCUACUGGCACCAGCAGUACAACGCGGGCAGGACGAAGUGGGCUCCGCCGCAGGCAGCCGCAGCAGUGACGCAAGGGACGCCGUGCGUGCCUCCUCCGCCCGCCAUGGUCCAGCUGCCCAGGUUUCCGCACCCCAUGUACAGCAGACCACCCGUGAUGGUGCCUCCGCCGCCGCCCCCGCCGACGACGACAACUACAAAGCUCGCCGAGUUGCAGCUUCAGCUCGACGCGCACCCGUCCAAGGAGAGCAUCGACGCAGCCAUUGGAGACGUUUUAGUGAAGCCAUGGCUGCCGCUGCCGCUGGGUCUCAAGCCGCCCUCCCUCGACAGCGUCAUGUCCGAGCUGCACAAGCAAGGCAUACCCAAGAUCCCACCGGCGUCCUCCACCGGCUGAUCCAUCGAUGAUGAUGUGGCAACUACGUACUCGUCGACAUGUACAAUAAUAAACUAGUGGCUAGCUAGUGUAGCAGCAAUGGAUAUGAUUGGCUUGAUGAGCCUGUCAAUCUACGUCGUUAUUGACUAGUUUUUGCUCUCAGCUAAUAAUACAUGCACACUACCUGUCUACUAGUGAUCUACUAGCUGCUAGCUAGCUAGGCCUAUUUGAGAGUUGAGAGCUUCUUGCGUAUGUAAUGUAUUCUACUCGGCCGGAACGGGACUGAUGAAACUAUAUGAUCCGUGCAUGUGUAAUGAAUAAACGGAAUUAUUUAUUGCAAUGCAUGCAAGAUGAACAUCCAA